GUCGUGCCUCCUGCGAGGCGGAGGAUGCACCUAGGCUGAUGAGCUCGGCGCUCAAGUGAUGAUGUGAGAAGCUUGUUGGAAGCCUGGAGCUGUAGAGACAUGAAGGCGUCAGGGAAGGUCGGAGAAGCGAAUGGGAAGUUGCUUCGAUCAAGAAAAGUCUACUACGUCUUUGCCUUGGUCGCGGUGACGACGCUGGUUUUCCUGGUGCAAUCCCCUUCACCGUCUCGAUGGUCGAGGCAGAACGCGCUGUAUCUUCAGGCGAAACUCGUCAAGAGAGACGCGAGGGAGCUGCGAUUGAUGAACCGGACCCUGAACGCGUGGCUGUCCUCGACGCAGUCCGAAAGGAAUCCCCGGCUCUGGCCGGAAUUUCCGUUGACCGCGGAGCAGUGCAGAAACGCGACGUUCGUGACGGCGACGAACCGCGGACGAUUGGGCAACACGAUCGGGGAGUACGCCAGCGUGUUCGCGUACGGCCUGGAGUACGGGAAGAUCCCCGUGCUCAGCGGCACCCUGUUGGAGAGCCUCCUCCUGCUCUUCCCCCAUCUCAACCUGAGGAGGGUGAACGAGACGGGAUGUCAAGAGAGGAAUUGGACCGAGAUGGGCCUUCCUAAUAAGGAUUAAGCUGUUAGCAUUCAAGACAAGGAUGUCUUCCUCGCGGGUUAUCCGAAUUAUAGCAAGCUCUAUCACAAGUUUCGGAGGCACUGGAUCCCCGAUUUCAGGUUCCAUCCGAAACUGAUGCAAGACGUGCGAGCGUUCUUCACGUCUCUGUCGGUUAAGUACGGAAGGGACUCGACGUUGAUCGGGAUCCACGUUCGCCGGACGGACCAGGUCCGAU